AUGAUUGAAGAUACAUCAAAAACACCUCCAUUAAUAUCAAGUUCAACUCCAACACCAACUCGAUCAAAUCCCAUAAAAGAUAUUGAUGUUUUUCGUAAACCGUUACCACCAGCACCAUUAGGACAACAAACACCAUCAUCUCGUCGUCAAAAACGUAAAAUACUUGAAGAAGAAAAAUUUGUUCAAGAUUUAGCACAUAUUAUUGAACGUGAUUUUUUUCCUGAUAUUAAACGUUUACGAGCAAAAGAAAAAUAUUUAACUGCAUUAGAAAAAAAUGAUGUUGUUACAUUAAGAGAUCUCUAUGCUAAAUAUAGUAUACAUCGUGGUCCAACUCCAUCACCAUCUAUGAUGGGUCAUAGAGAUACACCAUCAAGUUCAUUUGAAACACCGAUUGAUAGCGGACGUGAUACACCGAAAACAAUGAAAGAUGAUAAAGUUGAACAUGAUGAAUUAUUAUCAAAACGUACAGAUAUUGAUGAAGAUGAUGAAGAUUUUGAUAAACAAUCAGUAUCAUCGAAGUUAACUACUCAUAAAAAAGUACGCGAUCUUCGACUUGAUCAAUAUUUAGCCAUGAAUACAAGUGAAGAUAAUAUUUCAUUUGAACAUGUUAUGGAAGAAACUCAAAAAAAAGACCGUACGAAAGUUCAUCAAGCUUGGCUUUAUGAACAGCAAGCUUUGACACAUUCAAGCACUGAAAGUGGACGAGUUCAUGAAUUACCAGUUCCAUCAAUUGAAGAUCAAGCAAAAACGAAUAAUCCUGAUUCAUCAGAAUUUUGGCCUUAUACUGUUAAAAAUGCUGUUAUGUAUUUUCCUGAAGGUGCAAAAUUAACUGCAGCUGAAAAAAUCGAACAAGCUAAACAUGUUCGUUCUAUAUAUCAUAAAAAUACUCGUUUUGAAAUCGAUUCAAUGGCAGCAACAACAACCGCAACAAACUCAUCAAGUCAUACAUCAACACCAGCUCGGCCAAAUGCAUUGCUUCGACCACAAAUUGAUAUUGAUGGUCGAGAAAUAAAACGUUUAGAAAGUCCAAAAGUUAGUGGUUAUGGUUUUGUUGUAACACCAUCACCAAUGCCUGGUGCACAUGGUGAUGAAUCACCAAUGAUGACAUGGGGUCAAAUUGAAGGUACACCAUUUUGUUUGGAUGCUGGUAAUGAAACACCACGUACAAUAAAUAAUGGACCACAAUUUAAAAUAAUUGAAACACCAUUACGUGAACAAUUAGCAUUAGAAUUAGUUGAAAAAAAUGCAGCACAACAUCGUAAAAAAAAAGUUGAAGCAAUGAAAACAAUUAAUAAAAAUUUUUCAUCAACAAAUAAUACAAAACAAACAAAAGAAUUACUUCUAUCAACUAUGAGUCCAGCUGCACAACGUUUAUUAACAAAUCGUCUUGGUAUACAACGUACACAAUCAACAAAUACACAACGACAAAAUGUAUUAACACCAUCACCUGUUGUACGUACAAGUGAUCGAACACCAAGACCACCAUUAAAUAUUGGAAUUAUUAAGCAUUCACCAAGAACACCAAGCACACCCACAAUAACAACAACUGGCAAUAGUUUGACAGAUAAUCUUCUCAAUUUAAAAUGA